CCCCUGGAAACUUUGCUGCAUUUGUUUGUCCAACAUCGCCAGGCCCAACAUCGUCGUAUCACCAUGGGCGCCUUUCUCGCUAGGAUGACUCCGCGACGGAGACUCCUCCUGUUCCGGACAGUACCCGUUGUGUUUCUUGUCAUCGUUGCUAUACAAGUAUAUAUCUACUCCGACCAGCUUGCGCAGAUCCCGCGCAUGUUCGCGUCGCAACCCACAGAAACAAAGCCGCAUACUGGAUCGCCGGAGAAAAUCCAUGAUGGCGAAAUUCUACCCGCAACCGACAUCACUCUAUAUCUCAACGCUAUCCUCGGUCGCGAGAAGAACUCAACAUUGGACCUAGGCUGUCCAAAAUUUGACGAAUUACGAUACGAACAGUUAAAGAAAAAUACACAAGGAACACAGCAUAAACUAUAUUUCUUUGCGCUUGAUUUACGUCAGAAUCUACCACUGCUGCAACAGUUGAUUGGUAGUACUCUAGAAGCAGUCCGAUUUCUGGGACCCGCCAAUUGCGCUCUCUCCAUCGUCGAAGGAAACUCCAACGAUGGUACAAAGGAUGUUCUCUCUGCUCUUUCGCAUGAGAUGAAGACUCUCGGACUUGAUUAUACUUUCCAGACGUCGACAGUCGACCCUAGCCAUGAUGAUCGAAUCGGAAAACUAGCCAGUCUGCGCAAUUUGGCCCUCGAGCCACUGUUGCUGCGGUCUAAUGUCUUUAAUAACGAAACAACAGUUAUAUUUAUCAACGAUGUUGCCAUAUGCCCCGAGGACCUCUUAGAGCUCGUUCUGCAGCGAAUCAAUCUCCGCGCAGACAUGACGUGUGCCAUGGACUGGACGUAUGCGGGGCAGGACCCUACAUUCUACGAUGUCUGGGUGGCCCGUGGCAUGACAGGAGACUCCUUCUUUCUAAUCCCACCAGAUGGGAAUUGGGACUCGGCGUGGAAUCUAUUCUGGAACGACCAAGAUUCCAAGUCUAGACUCGAUAAACACCUGCCCUUCCAAGUCUUUUCGUGUUGGAACGGCGCAACGGCAUUCACAGCCCACGCCAUUCUCAACAAGAUUCAAUUUCGCAAACCAGUUGGUACAGAAUGCACCCAAGGAGAACCCCAGCUAUUCUGUAAAGACUUGUGGCUCAACGGGUUUGGACGAAUUGCUGUUAUUCCGAGUGUCAACUUGGAAUACUCUGUCGAAAAGGGCAAGAUGAUUAAGGAAGCCAAGGGCUUUACUUUAGCUAAUGUUGGUGAAUCAAAGGAGGGCGAAUAUAAAAUAACGUGGCAGCAGGAUCCACCAGAAAAGGUAAAGUGUAUGCCAGUGUACGAGAAUCAAUAUUUCCAACCGUGGAAUGAAGGGGCAGCAAAUACGACAAAUAGCACACAAAACAGAACUUCAUAGAAGCUAAAUACAAU